GUUCUUUAAAUGACAGUUACUUUAAGUAUGAAGUAAACAACAUGACUUCGAAAUUAUCUUCGACAAAAGUAGAAAAUUUUCGAUCGAAAGCCCAAACUUUUGCUUUAUUAGUGAAUGGAGAACAUACAGAUAUUGUCAUAACACAAUUUCCAAAUUAUAAAAAUUUGUUUAUAACACAAUUUGAAAAAAUUGGUAAUUUAUACAAAGUUAAGGUAGAUCAAGCCGCAAACGGAAUUGCCGUUUCCGAACCAACUUAUAGUUUUACUUCUUUACUUGGAGCAGAAAAUAUUCAAGCCGAAGUUGCCGUUCGAUAUUUAGCAGAAAAACUACAAAUCAAAGAACCAUUGCUCAUUUGUUUAAGUUUGAAAAAUUACAGUAAAUCUUCGCUGGACUAUAUAAUCCGAGGUAUUUUAGAAUAUGGCGUUAGCAAGGACUAAGAAAUCUGAAAGUUUCUUCGGACAAAUUGUGAUAGGUCCUCCGGGAUCUGGUAAAACAACAUAUUGUGGGAAAGUGUAUGAUUUUUAUAAAGAAAAACUUAAUCGAGAUGUCGAGGUGAUUAAUUUAGAUCCCGCUAAUGAAAACAUGAAUUAUAAACCGAAAAUAGACAUAAUGCAGCUGAUAACAGUCGAAGAUGUUAUGACACAACUUAAUUUAGGACCGAAUGGUGCGUUGAUGUAUUGUAUGGAAUAUUUAGAAGAAAACAUGGAUUGGUUAUUAAUUCAACUAAGCAAAAUCAAAAAUUCUUAUCUAAUCUUCGAUAUGCCCGGUCAGGUGGAACUGUAUACACAUCAUGUUUCUGCAAAACAUAUUUUUGAAAAAUUACAGAAAUUGGGGUAUAAUUUAUGUGCUGUUCAUCUAGUUGAUUCUCACUAUUGUUCAGAUCCUCCCAAAUUUGUUUCAACUUUAUUACUAUCUCUUUCAACUAUGUUACAAAUUGGUUUGCCACAUGUUAAUGUGCUUAGCAAAGCAGAUUUGUUGAAGAAAAACGAAUCGAAAUUAGAUUUUGGGUUAGAUUUUUACACAGACGUUUUGAAUUUAGACUAUUUGUUAGAAUUGUUAGACGAUGGGCCUUUUACUAAAAACUUUAGGAAAUUGAACGCUGCUUUAAUAGGAUUGAUACAAGAUUUCAGUUUAGUCGCUUUUGUUCUACUUGACGUCAAAUCUGAUAAAAGUUUAUUAGAAUUAAAAAGCGCAGUGGAUAAGGCAAAUGGUUAUAUUUAUGGUAGUGGUGAAGAACGUAGCAUUCAAGCUUUAUUAUCGUGUGCCGUUGGCGCCAGAACCGAAUCUGAACGUUUCGAUUCUGAUUAUAUGUAGUGUAUAAAAAAAAUAAAUUUCCUAAUCACAACGUA